GUUUCUUCAGGCUAGCUGCCUGUCUAGCUAUUAGCUGUUAGCUUUUAGCUUUUAGCAGCUAGCUGUUAGCUGUUAGUUGUUUUGUUAGCUGACUUUGGGGCCAGCUAAAAAAUUGACGCAGUUCGCGUUGAAAUCUCACGCGACGCAGAUCGCGCGAGUAGUCGGCUCGGCUCAUACACAAACCACAUAUAUAUACACACAUAUAUCUGUAUAUAUAUGAAUCUAUAUCUAUAUGUAUAUGCAUAAAUAUAUAUUUGUGAAAUGGGUUCUCCAAAUAGUCGGCCAACAGUGCAUAAAUUAAUAAAUUGUUGCUUGAUGUCAGCGCAGCGGAAGAGAAAAUGAAAUAAAAAUUCUUUGCUUUUUAUUUAUUUGCAAAGUGGCUAUACAAAUAGUAGAACUGUGUGUGUGUGUCUCUUUGUAAAUGUGUGUGUGUGUGUGUGUGCAAUUUUGUGCAACAUAAAACUGAAGGGAGAACCGAGGGAGAAGCUCAGCGAACGCAACGUCUUCUUACAUUCUGCAUCUGACAGUCAAUAAAAAUACACAAAAAAAAAAACAAAAAAAACGAAAGAAAGAAGGCAAGAAAGAAAACAGAUAUAACGCAAAUAAGGAAGGAAAUAUUUAUAUAGCCAUUAAUAUCAGCGUUUCGAGCUCAACACGGUCUCUUCCGAUACGUUCACCCCUCCCCCCUUUACUUCACCUCCACCUCCACCUUGAAAAUGUCAACGGCAGCUACGUCUUUGGUCUACUGGCAGUCAAUGAACGGCGCUGCUGCGACUGCUGCCACUGCCACGACCGUUGACGUUGAUGCUGACGUUGAUUUUGACGUUGAGGUUGGCAGUGGCAGUGGCAGUGGCCAUGUGGCGGUCGCGAACCCCCAUCCAAUGGUCACAGCCGCAGCUGCCCCAGCUGGAGUCAAUGGCUCCAACGAUUGGUUAUACAACGCCGCAGCAGCAGCAACAACAACAACAACACAAUGUCAACGUCCGUCUCCGUCCUUUGCUCCACGGCGGAGCAACUGGAGCAAUGGAAGCAGCAGGUUCAAUGAUUUCGACAGCUGUGACACUGCGCACUAUCAAUUGCAGUUGCAUCAAGAGCAGUUGCAACAACAACAACAACAACAAAAGCAGCAACUGCCGCAUUAUUUGGCUCAAAUUGGCUGUCAGCAUACGGUGAAGAGAAGUUUCGCCAUUAUCAAUCCCAGUUCAAAAUUCAGGGCAACUAUCGGCGGUCAACAGUCCAGCGAUCAAUCGGAUCACAAUUUCCAAGAACAGCAACAACAUCAGCCAACACAAUGUGGUUUCCUAUUUAAUUCCAUUCCAUAAGUCAAGCUCAAAUGGCAGGAAAAUGCAAGGAAAUGCCCACCUAAAAAAUAGCUAAAAGCUCAAGCUAAGCUCGCCAACUGGCAGCGUUAUAAGCACGGAUAAAGCUUAUGUUAAUGUUAAGAUU